AUGGCAGCUUCUUCCCUGUUCCUAGUGAUCUUGCUCUGCGGUCUUGCCACCGCCGCCGACGUUUUUGCUCAUUUCAUGGUGGCAAAUACGUACAAUUAUACGCAGACCGAGUGGAAAGCCGAUUUUGUCGCUGCGUCGGAAAUAGGGAUUGACGGCUUUGCCCUCAACUGGGGCCCGCCGGACUGUUCGCUCGCACCAAACAGUCAGGACUGGUAUGUCGCGCGGAUUGAAGAUGCAUUCGCUGUGGCCGCAACCAACGAGUUCAAAUUGAUCUACUCGUUCGAUAUGAGCUACACACCUGCUGCUUGUUCCAUAGGCUGGAACACAACCUUUAUGGCAACCAUGAUAUCCAAGUACGCCAAAUCCCCAGCUGCAUAUAUCUGGAAUGGCGAUGUUCUUGUAUCUUCGUACGGUGGAGAAGGCUACGGCAACGAAUUUUUCGCAGAACUUAAGAGCGUACUUGCUGGAGAAGGAGUGACCAUCUCGCUUUCCCCAGCGCUUACUACGUACUCUCUCAAGGCCCAGAGUGCAGACCCUAACGGCGUGGCUACGGGCAUGCUCGCAAAUUACACGGCGAUCGAUGGAUAUCUCAAUUGGCAAGCUUGGCCGGCAGACACGGACACAAACCUCACUGCCGGUGUCGACGUCGAGUUUCAGGCAGCCUUCGAGAAUGCGGGGAGAACAGGACCAUACAUCAUGGGCGUCUCGCCUUGGCAAUUCAAAGAUUUCAACGACGGCUAUUACAACUCCUGGGUUGAGUACUCAGACGUGCUCUUUCCUAACCGAUGGGAACAGGCUAUUAGCACGGUGCAACCUGACAUUGUCGAAAUCAUAACCUGGAAUGACUUUGAGGAGUCUCACUAUAUUCGCGACCUGCCGCCAGUGGCGGGUCCCGCGGCUGUUGGAUUUGGAGUCACGGGUGCUUACAUCUACGGUCAGACACAUAGUGCCUGGCGCGUUAUGGCGCAAUAUUAUAUCAGCUGGUACAAGACUGGGCUGGCCCCGAAGGUAACAGAAGAUCGAGUCGUUUUCUGGUACCGCGUUCACCCGAAAGAAGUCUCCUGUAGCAGCGGCACGAACAACAUUGGCGUCGUCCGCAACGCCGCUUAUCCCGCAGACGCUGUCUUCGCUUGGGCCUUGGUCUCCGAAAAUUCUACUAUCUCGAUGAAUGUGGGAAGCAACCAGAAUUGGACAUUCCAGGCGACUACGUGUGGACCCAAACUUAACAUGGUACCCUUUCCUAAUGGCAUCGACAACGCUUACCCUUCGGUGGCCGUUCAAAGGGGAGAAGAAACGUUGCACGCGGCCACAGGAGCUGUGGCAAUCACGGAGGCAUGUGCAUAUGAGAACUACAACCCGGUUGUUGGGUUGACCGGGCCCGCGUUGACUGCAAGCCCUAAGAUGGGUAAUGGAUCCGGGACGAAGGGAAAGCCAAAAAAACUGAGACACCAGAAGAAACUAUGUUAA